AGCUACGACUGAUCUUCAUCACAUUCAUACGUGUAGCUCAAACUCAAAGUAACAUUAGUUGUUGACGUUUUGAUUUUGAGAGUUCUCAGUUGAACGAAUAUUGUUAUUGUUUAGCUUUCAGACCAGUUCAGUCAUUCAGAUCACGGCUUCAACUAAGUUCAAGGCGACUUCUGCUUAGGUUCACUGUAUGUUCGGCUAGCAGGCGAUACAUGUGAUCCUCCUUUCUACGCGCUUGGUCGUAGGUCUUCUGUUUCGCAUACGUUCCGUGUCCAACUAUUCCCCCCCCCAGUACUUGUGGUUCAGUGGUGUGAUUUUUGACUUGGAAACAUGGCGACAGAAGAUCCAGAUGAAGGCGGCGACCAGUUCCAUUACCAGCAAACUUUAAUGAUGGGUACGUAUGAACGUAAUCAGUUGAGUAGCUUCGGGUACAACUUUGGUCAAAAACUCAAGUCAGAACGCCCAGAACUCAAACACGAAAGUUCCCGUCGCUGGUCCCGGGAUGGCUGCUGGAGAUCUGUAAAGCAUUUUGUCAAGGAUCACAUUGGCGAGGAUUGGAUUUUUCUUCUUAUCUUGGGAAUUUCUAUGGCGCUGCUCAGUUUCUUUGUCGACUACACCAUUCAGCAAUGCCUGAGAGUGCACUUCUGGCUAUACUCUGAGUUAACACAGCUAGUUGGCAUUCAGUACAUCAUUUGGAUCAUCUAUCCAUGUAUUCUCAUCAUGUUCUCGGUGGGAUUUACGCACAUCGUGUCCCCGCAUGCCGUCGGAUCUGGUAUUCCGGAGAUGAAGACGGUGCUGCGAGGUGUCAGUUUGCCAAACUAUCUUUCCUUGCGAACGCUUGUUGCCAAGUCGGUGGGUCUCAUUGCAUCAGUCGGCAGUGGCUUGCCCAUUGGAAAAGAGGGUCCGUUCGUGCAUCUUGCUAGUAUUCUUGGGCACAGCAUGUCCAAGCUCCUAACCAACAUCAACAGCUCUUACAUGAAUGAGAGCCGAACAUCUGAGCUGCUGGCCGCUGCUUGUGCUGUCGGAGUUUCAUCUAACUUUGCUGCGCCGAUCGGGGGUGUGCUGUUCAGUAUCGAGGUAACAUCAACAUACUUUGCCGUGCGUAACUAUUGGCGUGGCUUCUUUGCGGCCGUAUGCAGCGCAUUUGUGUUCCGUCUGCUUGCUAUCUGGAUUGACGAUGAAGCUACGAUUACCACACUGUUCACUACCCAUUUCCGCGUGGACUUCUCAUUUGACCUGCAAGAGAUGCUUGCCUUUGCUUUUAUCGGAGUGAUAUGUGGACUUGGUGGCGGCCUAUUCAUCUGGUUUCAUCGGCGUAUUGUUGACCUUCGACGAAGCUAUCGCCACACCGACGUUGGCCGCAUUCUCGACUACAAUCGGUUUGUCUUCCCUGUGCUGUGGACCAUUGUUGCCAUGACAUUCAUGUUUCCUGGUGGUCUUGGCAAGUAUCAGGGUGGCAAGAACACGUACAAGGAUAUCUUGGGUUUGUUCUUCUCCAACAUUACAUGGGUGACGGCGGUGAAUGAUCCGGAGUCGUUCGCUGAUCAUCGAGACACGGCUGACCUGAUCGUGGAAAGCUUUGGCAGCACCAACAUAUUUGUCUCCCUCAUCAUCUUCAUUGUGUUCAACUUCAUCAUGACUGCCAUAUCGGUCACACUGCCUAUCCCAGCUGGUAUCUUCUUUCCUGUAUUCAUUAUCGGUGCUGCCUUUGGUCGACUAGUCGGAGAAGCAAUGGCCGUCUGGUAUCCUGAGGGCAUUAUCCAUUUACAAAUCUUACCUGGAGGAUAUGCAGUAGUAGGGGCUGCUGCAAUGGCAGGUGCUGUGACACAUACCAUCUCCACGUCUGUUAUUGUGUUUGAGCUGACAGGUCAAAUUACUCAUAUUUUACCUGUCAUGGUGGCUGUUCUUCUAGCCAAUGGCAUAGUACAGUACUUACAGCCGUCUAUCUAUGACAGUAUCAUACUCAUCAAGAAACUACCGUAUUUACCCGACUUGAAAGGCAAUCGGCCCUAUAACAUCACGGCGGGUGACAUGAUGCGCACUGAACUCUAUUUCAUCUCGCAACGCUCAACCUACGCUCAGCUAAGGCGAUUGCUGAAGAAAUCGACGUUCCGCUCCUACCCACUUGUGGACAGUCAGGCCUCUAUGAUCUUACUGGGCAGUGUGCAGCGCAGUAAGCUGGAGCAGAUCUUGCACGACCACAUCCUGGACAUUCACACGGAGCGGCAGCAAGCCAUAGCCGGUGCGGCGGUGCAUAGCAACGACGGUGACGACGACAGCCUCAGCAGCUUGCCCGGAGACAUUGGCAACGGCUAUGAAGAAGUUGAGAAUGAUACCAACACUGGUGUCGGUGCACCCAAGUCCCACUCAGCUGCUGUUUCAGGCACACCACAGCGUUUGAAACGAUCACUUGUUCGCACAUCGACACGCCUUCGCAGUUUGUUUGCUAGGACCGACACUAACUUUGAUUCUGCCGAUGGCGGAAUCAGUCCAGCGUUGAUCGAAGCAAGUUUGCGCGAGGACGAUGCUGUGCUUCAAGAAAUAGUGGAUCUGAGUGGUCUGCAGAUCGAUCCAGCCCCCUUUCAGCUCGUUGAAAGCACCAAUUUGUACAAGGUGCACACCCUCUUCUCUCUGAUUGGACUGACUCAUUCCUACGUAACUAAAGUUGGACGCCUGGUCGGUGUGGUCACUUUAGACGAGCUUGCUAGAUCUGUAAUAUCAGCACACCGCAGUGCACCUUUUCAAGCACUUUCCGCCGCCGGAACCUCAUCAUCAUCAACAAGCAGCAUCGAACUGCAAGCAUUGACUGCGAAUGCAGCGAGCACCAGCGCCUCAGAUCGGUAGUUGUGAAUCUGUCUUUUUGUCUGUCUGUCUCUCUCUCUCUCUCUCUCUCUCUCUCUCUCUCUCUCUCUCUCUCUCUCUCUCUCUCUCUCACACACACACACACACACACACACACACACACACACACACACACACACACACACACACACACACACUCUCUCUCUCUCUCUCUCUCUCUCAAACUCUCUCUCUCUCAAACUCUCAAACUCUCUUCCAUAUCUUGUCUAAUGGUACACCCAGUAUUCAGUAAUAUGUGUGUACUGUGCUGCCCAGGUGAAAGCCAGACUGAGCUUGACUGGUUGAACUUGAUCUAAACAUUUAUUUUCGUUUCCUCGUAUUGACAUAAGUUGGUAUUUGUACAAACUAGGAACUCCUUUGCCUGCCAGAUGGCCAUGGUGCACUGUAUCCUCUCUACUGGUCUGAGUUUCCAGUAACGCUUUUUGCAAUUCUAUAAUACUUCUCCACGCUGCUGAAUUCAUGCUAUGCCCCCUUUGACAACUGCUCUCCUUCUCAUUUGCGCAUGUACCUAUGAAAGCCAUGUGAUCAUACAUGCAUCCAUGCACACUAUCCAUAAAUUUAAAAUUGGUUUGAAUCUGGCAUUCAAAGUUUGUACUGGCGGAGCAUGGCAUAACGUAACAGUCGCCAGUUAUGAUCAAUUUGUGCCUGUUGUUGAGCAACGGCUGCCUGUUUUAAUGUUGGCUAACCCCCCUCCCCCUCCCCCCCCCCCUUUCUCUCUCUCUCUCUCUCUCUCUCUCUCUCUCUCUCUCUCUCUCUCUCUCUCUCUCUCUCUCUCUCUCUCUCUCUCUCUCUCUCUCUCACACACACACACACACACGCACGCACGCACGCACGCAAGCGCACACUCAUUCUUUCUCACUUUCAUCAUAUGAAAUCGAUACUGUUCGUACUCGACCGUUUUGCCAUGAAUGUUCAUACGAAUAACAGCUUGCUCCCUUCUGUAUCUAUAGUACUUCAACAUAUUGUUUUAUAAGACGACAAUACCUAUGACAAUACGCUGUUACUAGUGUUAGGGAUUUCACCAAUGUUCUACAUUUUAGUAGUGUUCAAAGUUUUCUGAAGUAUUAAACAAUGCCGAAAAUCUUA